AUGGGCCAACAACAGUCAAAAAACAGUGAUGGAUCCAGAACCCCUUUGAAGAGUAAUUCGUCUUCCAAUCUAGUACCUGACACCUUGUCACAAUAUCCCUCCAUUUCCAGGUCCGAUACCAAGGAAAGCACAUCUAGGUCGAUCCGGUCUUCCAUCAGGAGCAAGAUCAAGAGCUCUGGGGAUGAAAAGACUAACGAUAGUCCAAGAGCCUCGGGCUCCGGUCUGACCGGCACGGAAGGAUCAAAUACUGAUAAGGGCGAUGCGAGUUCCAUAGCCAGUGGUCGGUCGGGCUCCUCUCGUGCCACAAGAGAACGGAUCUCGAACACACCUACGGUAGAGACCCCGACGUCGCCUGCGGAUUACGAAGAAGCUCCUUCUCCAGGCACGGCCUCACCUGCUCGACCGCCAUCUCCAACCCAGUCAAAGUCUGUAGGCAAAGGCCACAAGUCCGUAGACCGCGCGCAACGUACUGGAGAGGUCGGAGCAGUGUCCGAUGAAGCACCGCACCAGGCGCAUAUUCACUCAUCGACCCAAAAGGCGGGGGCGUCGAUCUUGGUGAAACGUGAGAACCAAAUCAAUCCCCGGGCGCCCGAGACGAAAGCUUCGCUGCGAGCGAAAUUGGCAGACCUUCCGGGAGCAUCUCCCGGAGCAAGCAUGGCGAUUGGAGAUGUCAAUGACAUGGAUUUGGAUGACAUGAUUUCUCGUCUGCUCGAUGCCGGCUAUUCGACGAAAGUCACCAAGGCCGUGUGCCUCAAGAACGCCGAAAUCACGGCCGUGUGUAUGGCUGUGCGGGAGGUCUUACUGUCACAGCCAGCCCUACUGGAACUGAACGCGCCUGUCAAGAUUGUGGGCGAUAUCCACGGCCAAUACAACGAUCUGAUCCGCCUCUUCGAGAUGUGCGGAUUUCCGCCCACGGCCAAUUUUCUCUUUCUGGGAGAUUACGUUGAUCGAGGGAAACAAUCCUUGGAGACAAUUCUCCUACUAUUCUGCUACAAACUGAAAUACCCCGAAAACUUCUUUAUACUUCGCGGGAACCAUGAAUGUGCCAAUGUCACACGAGUUUAUGGUUUCUACGAUGAGUGCAAGCGGCGCUGCAACAUCAAGAUCUGGAAAACAUUCAUUGACACAUUCAACUGCUUGCCUAUCGCUGCUAUCGUGGCGGACAAGAUAUUUUGUGUGCACGGUGGGCUCUCACCUAGCUUGUCGCACAUGGACGACAUUCGACAGAUCGCUCGACCGACGGAUGUUCCUGAUUAUGGUCUCCUCAAUGAUUUGCUAUGGAGUGAUCCGGCCGAUAUGGAUCAAGACUGGGACUCCAACGAACGAGGUGUGAGCUACUGUUUCGGCAAGAAAGUAAUUGUGGACUUUCUUGCGCGACAUGACUUCGACCUGGUCUGUCGUGCGCACAUGGUGGUUGAAGACGGUUAUGAGUUCUUCAACGAUCGGUUGCUUGUCACUGUCUUCUCUGCUCCGAACUAUUGCGGCGAGUUCGACAAUUGGGGGGCUGUAAUGUCAGUCUCUAGCAAUCUCUUGUGCAGUUUCGAGUUGUUGAAGCCCCUGGAUUCGAGUGCACUAAAGAGCCAUAUCAAGAAGGGCAGAAAUGCUCGACAAAACAUGCUCAACAGCCCACCUGCUCAGGUGUCAGCUCAGAGCUAUUGA